AUGAUGAAUUGCAUUUUCAAUGCUCGAACAAGUCGUUAUUUACCCAAAAAAAUAGCUUCAACAACUGAAAAUUAUGAAACAGAACAUUUUCAUUAUGAUCAUUCAACAAAUUCAAUUGAUUGUAAACUUUUAACAAAAAAUCCAUAUCGUUCGUAUUUUCAACAAGUUUAUCCAACAAGUAUAAACGAACAUGAAUUAAAUAAUGAUAUGUUAAAUGUUAUUAAAUCUUAUACCGAUAGUCGUGCAAAUGAAUGUUAUAUGAAAACAAAUUUAAAUUUACUUAGUGCAAAUUUUGAUGAUAUUGAUUGGUUAUAUGUUAAUAAACUUCGUUCAUUAAUUCGCGGUGUAGAUCAAUCAAAUAUAAAACCUUUUUAUUAUCGUGGUUUAACAUUAAGUGAUACAGAAAUUCAAUAUUAUAUAGAUAAAAAAAAUGAAUAUUAUUAUACAAAUUCAUUUUUAUCAUUUACAAUUGAUCGUUUAUUAAUAUAUUCAGGUAAUUCAAUAAUUAUAUUAAAAACAGAUAAUUCAAGUGAAUUAGCAAAGAAAAAUCUAGCUAAUAUAUGGAAAUGGAGUGCAUGUACAGAAGAAAAAGAAGCACUUUUAGCUGUUGGAACAAAAUUAAAAAUAUUAAGUGUACAUUACUUUGGUUAUAAAUGGGAAAUUGAAGUUGAAUUAGUUGAAGAUGAAGAAGAAAAUUCAUUUUAUUGA